AUGCCUCCCAUCACCCUCUGGUUCCUUCAAGCUUCUCGCUGCAUUCGCACUGCCUGGCUUCUUGAGGAGCUAGGCCUUGACUACGAGGUGAAGUUUUCUCCUCGCGAGAAUGGAAUAGCACCUGCUGCGUUCAAGAAGGAGGCAGGUGGGCUGGGCAAGUUUCCUACGCUGCAGGAUGGAGACGUGACGCUGUAUGAGAGCGGAAAUAUCGCGGAAUACCUCUGCGACACCUACGACAAACAACACCGUCUCCUCCCACCCCUCGGCGACCCCAAACGCUACGAAGUCCUCCAAUGGGUCCACGCCGCCGAAGCAACCUGGGCGCUUCACGGCAUCGCCAUCCUCUACGUCCGCUGGCACCAGAAAGACGGCGAUGUCAAGAAGACAGAAGAAGGGCUGAGCAAGAACGUCAUCAAUGAUAUGAACCUCCUAGAGUCGACCCUAGAGAAGAGCUCUGGGAAGUUCUUGUUGGGGGACAAGGUGACUGUUGCGGACACGCUGAUGCAUUUUUCGGCGGUUUUUAUUCUGGCAAGGGACUUGGGGGUCAAAGGAGAGGACUAUCCGAGGUGUAAGAAGUUCAUUCAGGAUUGCGAGGCGACGGAGUCGUAUAAGAAGGCGGUGGAGAGGACGGGGCAUAGUUUGGGCUAG